AUGCACGUCAACAAGCUCCUCGCCAUUGGCAUCGUCACCGGCAUUGGUUGGAAUCAGGCGCCCAAUGGUCCCUGCAUCGGUAACACGAGCCCCGUGUCUUCGAUCGGCUACCCCUCGCUCUGCCUGCACGAUGGACCCCUCGGAGUGCGCUGGGGCAAGAGCAUAACGGCCUUCACGCCCGCCGUGCAGGCUGCCUCGACGUGGGACGUCGAGCUCAUCCGUCAGCGCGGCGCCUACCUCGCCGCCGAAUUCAAGGGCACCGGCGUCAACGUCAUCCUUGGUCCGGCCCCGGGCGCUCUCGGCAAGAACGCCGAGGGCGGCCGCAACUGGGAGGGUUUCGCGCCCGAUCCAUACCUCCAGGGCAUCGCGUCGCAAGUGACUGUCGAGGCUCUGCAGGCGGGCGGCGUGCAGGCGACAGCCAAGCACUUCAUCGUCAACGAGCAGGAGAUCAACCGUGAGCAGAUCAGCAGCAAUGUCGACGACCGCACCAUGCACGAGCUAUACCUGUGGCCUUUUGCCGACACGCUGCGCGCCAACGUGGCAGCUGUCAUGUGCUCUUACAACCGUGUCAACGGCACCCACGCGUGCGAGAACAGCGGCGUCCUCAACGACCUGCUAAAGACGGAGCUCGGAUUCCCUGGCUACGUCAUGAGUGAUUGGUUCGUGGCCCAGCAGACGACAUCGGGUGCAGCCAACGCCGGUAUGGACAUGUCGAUGCCCGGCUCCGGCUGGGGCGGCGGCGACGAGCUCUGGGGCCCCAAGCUUCAGGCUGCCAUUGACGCCGGAGAAGUCGAGCAGUCGAGGCUCGAGGACAUGGGCCGCCGCAUUCUUGCAGGUUGGUAUCUCCUCGGCCAGGACGGCGGCUAUCCGCCCGUCAACAUCCAGGCCAACGUUCAGGCCAACCACGCCGAAAACGUCCGCGCUUGCGCCCGCGACGGUACCGUGCUCCUGAAAAACGAAGACGCCAUCUUGCCUCUCAAGGCCCCGGGCAGCAUCGCCGUCAUUGGAUCAUCAUCGAUCCAGAACCCCAACGGCAUCAACUCGUGCGUCGACCAGGGCUGCAACGAGGGCGCCCUCGGCAUGGGCUGGGGCUCGGGUGCUGUUGAGUACCCGUACCUCGUUGCGCCACUUGACGCAAUCAAGGUGCAGGCCGCGGCCGACGGAACCGACAUUGUGUCGAGUACCACGGAUGAUACAGCAGCUGGUGCUAGGGCAGCCACUGGUGCCGAUGUUGCGCUCGUCUUCAUCACGGCCAACUCGGGCGAGGGCUACCUCACGGUUGAGGGCAACGUCGGCGAUCGCAACAACCUGGACCCCUGGAACGAUGGAAACGAGCUGGUGGCCGCCGUGGCUGCCGUCAACGAUAACGUUGUGGUCGUCGUGCACAGCACGGGCGCCGUGAUCCUCGAGAGGAUCCUGGCGCUGCCCAGCGUCAAGGCUGUUGUCUGGGGCGGUCUGCCGUCGCAGGAGAACGGUAACGCUGUCGUCGACAUUGUUUGGGGCUCGACCAACCCCAACGGCAAGCUGCCUUACACGAUCGCCAAGUCUGAGAACGACUACAGCAGCAAGGUGAUUCGCAACGGCGGCGAUGACAACUUUAGCGAGGGGCUGUAUGUCGACUACCGCCACUUUGACGCGCAGAACAUUGAGCCGCGUUUCGAGUUUGGCUUCGGGCUGUUACUCGAACAUCGCCAUCAACUCGGUGGCCAUUGGCGGCCCAGCGCGUUGGGAGAGACGGGACCAGGCGGACGCAUCGACCUCUUUGAUGACGUCGCCGAGGUCACGGCAACGAUUACAAACACGGGCGAGGUGGCCGGCGCCGAGGUCGCGCAGUGUGUACAUCACGCUGCCGCCAAAGCGCGCCCGGCUACGCCCCCCCAAGCAGCUGCGCGGAUUUCGCCAAAGCUCAAGCUCGCGGCUGGGCGCGUCCGGGGCACGGGUGACGUUUCCCCGCCUGGCGGCGCAAAGGACCUGAGCUACUGGGACGUCACCAGCCAGAACUGGAUCGUGCCGCAGGCACCAAUCGGCGUCAAGGUGGCGCGUCGAGCCGGGGACAUCAGGCUUGAGGCGAGGAUUGAAGUGACGGGCGGACCACCGCGUGCGGCAAGAGGCGCCGCAUGA